ACACACACACACACACACACACUCUCUCUCUCUCUCUCACUCCCACCUUUCGGCGAUUAAAGAAAAAAAAGAAAAAAAAAAGAGAAUUAAAAAGUAGUUAUGUAAUCAUUUCAAACUCCAGAUCUGCUCUAGGGACCAAUUUCAAAAUUUUCGAGAAAUUUUAAAGUGAAUUGGAGCAUUUUUGUAGAGUGAAGGGAGAGAGUUUAGUUUUGAGUAUGGAGGGGAAGCUGAUAGAGAGGUUGGAGGCCGCGGUGGCGCGGCUGGAGGCUCUAUCGGCCGGUGGAAUUUCGGCGAGAGGCUUACCGGAUGGCAGUGUUGAGGUGGCUUCGGAUCCCUCGAUUGUGGCGUUUGACGAUCUGAUGGCUCAAUAUGUGGCUAGGGUUUCCGGUGCUGCGGAGAAGAUUGGAGGUCAAGUGCUGGAUGUGACUAAGAUUCUUCUCGAGGCUUUCUCUGUGCAAAAGAAGCUUCUGAUCGAGAUCAAGCAAACUCAGAAACCUGAUAUGGCAGGCUUGGCUGAAUUUCUCAAACCACUAAAUGAAGUGAUCAUGAAGGCUAAUGCCAUGGCAGAAGGGAGGCGAUCUGAUUUUUACAACCACUUGAAGAGUGCUGGGGACAGUCUUUCAGCUUUAGCAUGGAUUGCUUACACUGGAAAAGAUUGUGGUAUGAGCAUGCCAAUUGCACAUGUGGAAGAUGGUUGGCAAAUGGCUGAAUUUUACAACAACAAGGUGCUUGUAGAGUACAGAAACAAAGAUCCCAACCAUGUUGAGUGGGCCAAAGCUUUGAAGGAGCUGUAUUUGCCAGGUCUAAGGGAUUAUGUCAAAAGUCAUUAUCCUCUUGGCCCAGUAUGGAGUGCUUCUGGUAAAAAGGCAUCUAGUGCUCCAUCAAAAGCUCCUCCACCAGGUGCCCCCGCACCUCCUCCUCCUCCACCUGCUUGUCUUUUCAGCUCAGAACCUUCUCAACCUUCUUCAUCACAUCCAAAACAAGGGAUGGCAGCUGUUUUCCAAGAAAUCAAUACUGGGAAUGUUACUGCAGGCCUGAAGAAGGUUACUACUGAUAUGAAGACAAAGAACCGUACAGAUAGAACAGGCGUUGUUAGUGCUCUCGAAAAGGAAACACGCUCCAGCUCAUCUUCUUUCUCUAAAGCAGGACCACCAAAACUGGAGCUGCAAAUGGGUCGUAAGUGGGUUGUUGAGAACCAAAUUGGAAGAAAGAACUUAGUUAUUGAUGACUGUGAUGCCAAACAGUCUGUAUAUGUUUUUGGAUGCAAGGAUUCUGUUUUGCAGAUUCAGGGGAAAGUCAACAAUAUAACAAUUGACAAAUGCACUAAGAUGGGAGUGGUAUUUCAGGACGUUGUGGCUGCUUGUGAGAUAGUAAACUGCAAUGGUGUUGAGGUGCAAUGCCAGGGUUCUGCUCCUACAAUUUCAGUGGACAACACAUCUGGCUGUCAGUUGUACUUAAGCAAAGAUUCUUUAGGGGCAUCUAUAACAACGGCAAAGUCAAGUGAGAUCAAUGUAUUAGUACCUGCUGCUGGGUCUGAUGGUGACUGGGGGGAGCAUUCUUUGCCGCAACAGUAUAUCCAUGUAUUCAAGGAUGGCCAGUUUGAAACUACUCCAGUCUCGCACUCAGGAGCUUUUCUUAGAUUCAAUCUGCUUAUUUAUUUGGAUGUACUGGAAACAAGAACUCAGGUGAAACUUGGCGUGGAUCUGAGUAAAGGUUCAUGUGUCUGUCCAUAUAUGUGCUCCUCUAAAUCAACAUGAAGAAGUGUCGAGCGCGCUGAAUUUGUUUGUACUUGAGCAAUGGAAAUGGGCCGGAAAUUGACGUUUCGCAUACGAAAACCUCACUCUCUCUCUCCGUCGCUGUUCAA